UGACAGCUUUAUCUAAUAUUGCCCUCCUUAACUUCCUCCUUGAUCGCACUCGGACAACCGAUUACACUCUACAGAAACUACUCUAGGUGCGCUAUUUUAGCGAAACACUUGCUGUUGCAGUGUUGAGUUCGUUGUGAGAUAUUAAUGCUGUCACUAUCUCAGAUAAAAUACCUCCUAUGUCGCAGGUGUGUCCAGCUACCACAGUCCAUAUAUUAAUGUGUUCCAAAAUUAAACAUCUCCGUUUUCCGUCACCAAAUUCCUACUUUUAGCUAGCAUCUGACCCUCACGGAAUCCACGCGUCAAUCGUCUAUGCGCAGAGCUAACUCUACCGUCCGCAUGUAAUAUUGUGAGACCUGCUGUGUGCCUCCGUGUGCUACACUUGUGUGGUUGUGCAGGACCAAGCUGCUGCGUGGGACCCACCGACUACAGCUGCACCCACACCUCCUGCAGCUGCACCCUCACCACCUGCAGCUGCGCCCUCACCUCCUGCAGCUGCGCCCACACCACCUGCAGCUCCCCUCGCCGCCCUGGACCCACCCCCUGCCGAGGCGCUGCCCCCGCGGGAAAUGAAUGUGUUACUUAUCAGCUGCAGUGGACCCACCUACUUGCAGCAGGAGAAGGCCGCCUUGUUGCGGGACGCGCCGGGGGUGACCCGGCUGGUCCAGGUGUGGUGCCACACGGACCCCACCUGGAGCCUCCAGCUGCUGCAGCGCGCCGCGCCCACGAUGGAGCAGCUGGUGGUGUGGUGCCCCCGCGAGGCCCACCUGCGCGCGGUGCACGCCAUGCCGCGGCUGAGGAGGCUGUACGUGGAUGGUGAUGCUGCCCUGCUCGCCCAGCCCCCCGAGCUGCCCGCGCUGCCGCCGGGACACGCCGGCCUGCAGUGGCUCAGGGUGGAUGGCCUCCCCCGCGCCACGACACAGUCCCUGCUGCGGGCGCACGGCGGCACGCUGGAGGAGCUGGUGCUGUGGGUGGGCACGGCGGGGAGUAGAGAGUGGCCAGACAGCUGCGGCGACCUGCACUCGCUGCUGCAGCAGAGCGGGCUGCGGGCGCUCAGGAGGCUCCUGCUGGUGAGGUGGUCCUACAGCCACGAGCUAGCCGCCUGCAGGGAGCAGCGCGCCCAGGUGCGUCGGGUGCUGCCCGGGGCCGAGGUGCUGUGCAGCAGGUGUUGAACGUUAAAAAAGUUAUUCAUAACAGUUUUGAUAUUAUUUUUAAUAACAUUCGUGGUGUCAUAACGUUGUUGUAACAAGUAACAAACCUGUUAUGAAAAUUCAUAGAAGUUGUGAAAUUUAAGAAUCGUUGAGACUUUUCCUUAACAUUUUAUGACUUUUGAUAGCUUGUUAUGACUUUCUAUAACAUGUUGUGACUUUUCAUAACUGUUAAAUGUUCAAAAACUAGUAAAACACACGUUUUGAUUUUACAUUGUUGCUAUAGUUCUUGAGUAAACCCGGGAAAGUGAAACACGGGAACAGAGGGGGAAAUGUGGUUUAACCAUACGUAGGUGGAGGACGGGUAAGACCCCGGGGGCAGACGACGAACCACACCGGCAGCCGUCGCUCCUCCUCCCACGGGCGCCCCGUAGGCGAAUGGUUAAGCGGGCGGGUUCACAACCCGCAGGUCCAGGCGGAGUUCGGGUACACUGCGGUUACCAAAGAGGUCUGAGAACACUGGAGCGAAAGGGAAGUGAGGAAAAGACAUGUGAAGUGAUUUUUUUUUAUUUUUUUUGGUCUUUUAAACGAGUUGACAUUUUACAAGUCGUGUUAUGAAUUUCACAACUUGUGUUAUUAAUUUUCAUGGCAAGUAUGUUAGUAAUUUUCAUAACACUUAUGUUCUUAAAUUUACAAACAAUGUUUGUGUUAAUACUUCCAGUAAAUGUUAUUAAAUUUAAGAGGAGGGACGGAGGGACGAGGGACAGGUCUCGGGGCGGCGAGCAGCAGGGCGGGCAGGGCCACCGGCCGGGGCGUGUUCAGGUUCAGACAGAGAAUAUUCCUCACUAAUUCGUUCCCAAGUCAUUCUCGCUGUUUUCUGGCAGAGACUACAGCGGUGCAGCUAGUCCGUGUCCCUAGCGACUUAACCGAGCGAGCGCUUCAGAUGUGAUGUAAUGCAUUUGGUAUUUAGAAUCACUAGCCGAGUUUACAUCGAAUUUACAUCAAAUACAAGUUUAAUUCUCAAUAGUAUGUACAGUCAAUAUUUGGCCUACAAAAAAUAUAUCUUUGUUUACAAAAUAAAAAAUACAACUAAACCUGUUGUACAGUAGUCAUACGCGGGUUACAUUUAAAACAUGUUAUUCCUAACCAAACAGGACCGCGAUUUUGAAAAUUGGUAAUUCAACGUGUCUUAUAAAAGAGCAAAAAUCCUUGA